CAACCAGGCAUAGCUAAAAGUAUCUGAUCCCCGCAUAGAAUAUGACGCCCAACUCGGCCUUCCAAAACUUACGCGACACGGCAACCGACAUCUUGAGCGCUCAGAAGGACAUGCAGGCAUCAGAGAGGACCAGCAUCGUCCGUGUCGACCACGAGGCAGUGGGAAGAUUAGCGGCUCAAUUUUCCUUGAGUGAGAUCCGUGACAAAGUUGCACGAGUUGGGCUGCCGCUAAAAUUUCCAAGACCUUUGGAUGAAUUAAAUUUUCAUGCCCUGUUAUCAUUGUUAAGCUUUGGGAGGGCGUAUGAGGGCGAUUUCAUUAGUCAAUCGGGCCUUCUGAGAGAAUCGGCGCGGGAUACGGUACUCUUCGGCUUGAUCGGUUUGCAUUUAAGCAAGACAGAUCUACGGGCUGGCUUUCU